UAAAAAAAAGUAAUUAUGUAUAUUAUAUAUUUACUAUUUUACAUAUAUAUAUAUAUCAAAAUCAAUUUUUUUAAAAAAUUAGAUGUUUUUUGAACAAUUUAAUUUUAUAAAUAUUAAAUAUUUUUAAAAUACCAUUAUAUAUAAUAUAUUAUAUAUUUGUAAAUUUAUAAAUUUUAUAAGAUUUUUAUUAUAAGAAUAAUAUUUUUAAUAUAAUAUAAAUAUUUAAUCUAUGUUAUUAAAAGCUUAAAUUUUCAUAUAAAUAUUUCAUAUAAUUGAUUAUAUUUCAUACAUUUGAUUAAUAUUUAUAAAAUGAAAUACUAGUACAAGAUAAAUAAUAUGAACAUUAUUUUAAAAUUAAAUAAAAUAUAAUUAAUACAAUUGGUAUCGAUACAUCGAUACAAUUUUACGCAACAAAAAAUUGAUUUUGAUAUCGAUAUUUAACUAAUCGAAAAAUACUAAUAAAAAGUUAAAUCAUGUAAUUUGCUUAUUUUCUUUUAAAAAUUUGACAUCAUGAAAAAAUAAAAUUAUAUGUAUAUACAUAUAUUGAUAUUAUAUGAUAUACAAUAUAUAUAUAUAUAUCUUAUGGAUAUUUCUGAAGUCUUUUAUAUUUUAUUUGUAUAGUUUAUCUAUAGUUAUAUAUAGUUUAUGCAUUACUUGUUAGUAUUACUUAUCUAUAGUAUUUUAAUAUUAGUGAUUAUUGUUGUAAUAUAGUGAUUGUUGUUUACUAGAUCAUUCAAAUAAUUAUUGAAACAAUAAAUUAAUAUUAUAUGUAUAUAUUAUGUACUUUAAUAAAAUCGUAUUAUUCGAUAUUCAGUAUUAUCAAAUAAGAAAUUCUUAUUAUGAUUUAAAAUAUUUGUUUACUUUUAGUUGAUUUAAGAGAAUUGAGAUACUUAUAGUUUUAAUUUUGAUUAUAAUUUUAUAUUUUAUUCUAUACAAUUUUAUAAAUGAAAAUGAUAAGGCAAUUUAUAAAUUUGCAAAUUGAAUUACAUAAGACAUUAAAUAUUAGAUAUAUUUCAUGCAAAAAAUAUUGUAUGUUUAUUUUCAAUAUUCAAAACAAAAUAUAUUUUUUAUGUUAAAUAUAUGAUACGAAUAUAUACGCAAUAUAAUCAUAAUAUACGAAAAUGUUCAAUAUUCAAAUAGAAUGAAAAAAGAAUAUGUGUGAUAUUUAUAAUUCUAUUCUAUAUAACUUAUCAAUUAUAUCUUUGAAAAUAUUUUUACAAAAAUAAUACAAAAUGUUAGAUACCAAAAUAUUUUCAUAUAAGAAAUAUUUAAUUGAAGCUAUCAUAGCUUUAGUAUGUGUAUUUAUUUUUUGUGAAUAUUUGUUAUAUUAUCUUGUGCUUAUUCAGUGUACAUGGCCUAUUUUGGAACCACAUAAAAUCGAUGUGACUAUUACUCAACUCAAAUCAGAAGAAACACCUGUACAUGCAAUGUUUAUAGCAGAUACUCAUUUAUUAGGUUCUAAACAUGGACAUUGGUUUGAUAAAUUAAGAAGAGAAUGGCAAAUGUAUAGAGCAUUUCAAACUAUGAUUACACUUCAUAAACCAGAUAUAAUUUUUAUAUUAGGUGAUUUAUUCGAUGAAGGACAAUGGAGUAGUUCUGCAGAAUUUGAUCAAUAUGUACAAAGAUUUCAUUCAUUAUUUUCAGUACCUAAACAUACUCAUCUUUAUGUUGUUGCUGGAAAUCAUGAUAUUGGAUUUCAUUAUGGAAUUACACCAUAUUUAAAUCAACGAUUUGUAAAUGGUUUAAAGUCACCAAGUGUAAAAAGAGUUAGUAUUAGAGGAAAUCAUUUUGUUUUAAUUAAUAGUAUGGCACUGGAAGGAGAUGGAUGUUUUUUAUGUCGUCCUACAGAAAUUGCAUUAAAUAAAAUUGCUACACAUUUAAAAUGUGCAAAAGAUACAGGAAAUAAUUGUAACAAAGAUAAUGUAAUUUCGAGAUAUAGUAGACCAAUUAUUUUACAGCAUUUUCCAAUGUAUCGCGAAUCUGAUGAAAUUUGCAAUGAACUUGAUCAAGCACCAGAUGAAAUAAAAGAUAUCAAGUUUAGAGAACGAUGGGAAUGUUUAUCAAAAGAAGCAUCUGAACAACUUUUAGAUAUAUUGAAUCCAAGACUUAUUAUUAAUGGACACACUCAUCAUGGUUGUAGAAGAAUACAUAGGAAAGAUAUAUUAGAAUUUACAAUAUCAUCUUUUAGUUGGCGUAAUAAAGAUAAUCCUUCUUUACUAUUGGGUGUAUUUACUCCCAAUAAUUAUUCUGUAUCAAAAUGUUAUAUGCCUGUAGAAUCUACAGAGAUCAAAAUUUAUAUUAUUAGUAUAAUGUGCAUUUUCAUAUAUUUUAUUAUAAAAUGUAAACUAAAACAAAAUCGAUAUUAUCUUUUAAAAUUUCAUUAAAAAUAUAUUGCUAUAUUAAUAAUAUUAUUAAUUAUUAUUAAUUAUUAAUAUUAAUGAGAAAGCAUGAAAAUUACAAAUAUAUAAUUAUAAACAUAACAAAAAACAUAGAAAUAUAAACUUCAGAUUAUUGAAAAAUAUUUUUGUUUAUAUGAAUAAAAUCUUUAACGAUAUUACAUAUUAUUUACAUUAUUUAUAAAAUAUUUAUCUUAUUUAUUUUUGUUAUUUAAAUCAAUAUAAUUAUAUCUCAACUUUAUCAAAUUUUGAAAAUUACUUUAUUUUAUAUAUUUUAUAUAUUUUAAUUUUUUUUUUCCAUUUAUUUUAUCAAACAGCAUUCUAUUGAAAAAAAAAUUGUAUACAAAUAUGUAUAAAAGAAUAAAAAUAUUAAAAAUCACAAAUAUAAUCAAUACACAUUUAUAAAAUUUAUAUACAACUAUAUGUUUAGUUAUAUUAUAUAUCAAUAUUAAAAAUUUCAUGAAAUACUAUAGUACAGAUUUAGUAAAUAUAAUACUUGAAUAAUUGAAAAUACAAAUCUUUAUAAUUAUGCCAAAAAUAUUAUUAAAAUGUUAUUAUUAUUAAUUAAAAAUAUUAUUAAUAUUAUAUAUUAUAUAAUAAUUGAUAAACAUUUUAUAUGAUAUAAUACAUAUUAAGAAAUAAUGUAUACUUUUAACUUAUUUGAAUAUAACUGAUUAUUAAUGUUAUAUUAUAUGCAUUUAAUGCAUAUUUGUGUAUUAAUAAAUAUAAUAAACAUAA